AUGGGUUGUUGUGCCAAUUUCACACUUUUCAUUAUUUCAUUCCUAUCAAUUGGUAUUAUUGUUGCUGCGAGCGCUGCUUGCGUUGUCUUUAUUAACAAAGCAAAGAUCAAACAGAUCAGCAAUAAUGAUACCAUUCUAAUUUAUUUAAUUAUCAUUCUUUGCGCAUCCGCAUUUAUUCUUGCUUUUGCUAUUUAUGCUUCGAUAUCUAAAAGUCGCUGCCCAUCUCUAAUUCUCGGAAUAAUUCUUUUAAUUUAUUCUUGUGGUGUUAUUGGUGCUAUUGUUGUCUACAUUCUUUUCAAGAAGAAUAUUAUUCAAGAAAUAGGCAAACAAUGGAACGCUCACGAAGGUAAAGAUGAUCCUAUCGGUCGUGCUAUACCAGAGGCUGAAACUUAUUUAGGUUGUAAAGGUUGGAAUGAAUCCAAUGAAACUACAUGUUAUGGCAAGCUGAAUACUCUAAUCAAAAAAUAUGCUAUUUAUGGCUACAUAAUUUUUGGUGUUGUUGCUCUCAUCUUAUUCAUUGCCGCAUGUAUUGCAUUCUGGAAAGUUUGUGCCAAGGAAGAUUCUCUCAACUCAAAGAAGAACGCCCCAUUGGAACAGCCUUUAUCUUAUGGCUGGUAA